GAAGCCAGGUCUCCGCCUCCUCCUCCCACCCCGCCUGUUUGGCGGCGGCGGAGGCGGCGGUGGUGGCAGCGGUUGUCCCUGCCCCUCCGCCACCUCCACCUCGGCCUGUCCCCUGCCGGCGGCGUUGGCGGGGAGGGGGACAGUAGUUGUAGACGGCUGCCCCUGCCUCAGAGAAGAUACCACACUGAACAAAGACUGAAUACGUUUUGUAAAAGGCUUGUAAGGAGUAAUGCCAUAGUUUGAAUCACAGUGGAUUUCACGUUAUGAGCUCCUCAGUUGUUACACAGUCUCACUACUUGGGGAAAGUUCAUGCUGAAAAACUGAAGCAAUUAAAGGGUGAAUAUGAUCAGAUUUCUCCACCAAGUUCUGAUGAGGUACUUUCUGUAACAGAGAGAGAACAAACCAGGAGGAAUUCUAGAAUGUUUUUUUUCACCAAUCAGAAGCAGCAGAAUGAAAUCCAAGCUCCGUGCAGAAGAUACAGAACUCUGUUCCCUCGUCUUUCCUCAUGCCCUGUACCUCACAGUAGUUUUGUCUCACGGCUGAAUUUCUCAUUUCCAGCAUUCCCAAACCCUUUUACAAACGUCCUUUUGUUAUUAAGUCUUACAAUACUCUGGUCAGAGAAUCCCUGGUUGUCAACCUAAUGAAGCAUUCAGAGAAGACAUAUGACUCUUUUCAAGAUGAACUUGACGAUUAUAUCAAAGUGCAGAAAGCCAGAGGCUUAGAGCCAAAGACUUGUUUCCGAAAGAUGAGAGAGGAUUAUUUGGAAACCUGUGGGUACAAAGAAGAGGUUGAUUGCAGACCCAGGUACAGAAUGUUUGAUCCGAGACUCCCGUAUGAGACCGUCCAGGCCUCCCCGAGACCGCGCGGUAUCUCGCACGCAGUGGAAAGGCGGUUACCGCAGUGGCCACCAGCUGGUGACAGCAGGUGGAGUCUGGGCUCCCUGAGCUGCUGUCAAUCUGCCAGGGACUGUUUCUCAGGAACCCCAGUACCCCUGAGCCUUAGUCAGCAGGAGUAUAACUGUCGCUCACACAGUGUAGAAUCUGGAGUUUCCAAGCACCUCUCCUCAGAAAACGGAGCCAGUGCCCAUCAAGCUGGUUAUGAACAGACGCAUCGGAAGAGAUCAAGGCGCCCAGAGGAAGGCAGAGGACAACCAGGGGAGGAGAGGCCCAAGCAUAAGAGGAAAAAGGCUUGUGAGGAAGUAGAUUCAGACAAACACAGGAGCAUCCAGAGAAACGAAACAGAGCUGGAAGCUGUCAAAGCCAGUUCAGGAAAGCCUAAGAAUCGGAAGGAGAAAAACAGCCGAGAUGUAGCUUCUAAGAAAGAGGGACGUAAGCGUAGGAAAGAGAAGAAGGAACAAGGCAAAGAAAGGACAGAGGAGGAGAUGCUUUGGGACCAGUCUAUCCUUGGGUUUUGAAGCUUUUGGACUGGUUCUCCCGUGGUUAAACUGAAGAUCGCUGAGGGGCUCGGUUCUAUGUCCGUGUUCCAGCUCGCUUCCCGUGUGAACAGGUGCGCGGGCAGGGUGCGCAGGGAACAUUUAGCACGCUUGCUCUCCAACGUGGAAACGGCUGUUCCCCAUUUUCUAAAAUCAGCGCUACGUUGCCUUUACACAUAACGUAAUUCCCCUUAACGAGAGUGGCUUCGCUUUUGUUCAUCAAAUUGCUGUGACGGUGGAAGUGUUUUUCCCUUGGAAGGUCAUUUAUUUGAAAUUGGAGGAUAGGCAGGCUUUGCAGAAUCUGUUUCUACAUUGGGUUUUAGUUUGGGGUGGGGUAUUUUUAUAUUCAUUAGUUUUCCUUAUGAAGCAAUUUAGAUUCUUUUUCCUUUGCUAGAUCUAACUUGCAAUAUAUUUUCUAGAUUGGAAAGUGGAAAAUGCAAUAGAGUAUAUAAUAAGCUUAGGUUACAUACAGUUUUGAACAUUUCAGAGUCUUAUACAAAAUCAGUUUAUAUUCUGGAAAUGUUUAUAAUAUAAUAAAGUUAUAAUUUCUACAA